AUGAGUGUUGUUGGACAUAGAGCUCCACCGCCAAUACCAGCAAAACCAGGUUAUGUUUCAAUUGUUAAAGCUUUGUAUAGUUAUACAGCACGUUCACCAGAAGAAUUAUCAUUUGAAGAAGGUGAAAUACUUUAUGUAACUGAUGAUGCAAAAUAUAAAGAUUGGUAUUUGGCUACAACUAAUAAAAAUCGUACAGGUGGUCUUAUUCCCAAAAAUUAUGUUGAAGAAAGUACAGAAAAACUUACAAAUGCAUUACAUGAUGCAGCUAAACGUGGCAAUAUUGAAUUUCUUCAGCAAUCACUUGCUAAUAAGGCGUCAGUUCUUGGUCUUGAUAAAGCAGGCAACACACCAUUUCAUUGGGCGUGUUAUUCAGGUGAUAUGGAUUGUGUUAAAUUAUUGUUACCUCUGUCAUUAUCAAUUAUCAACCAAAAGAACAAUGUUGGUGAUACACCAUUGCAUGUAGCUAGUUGGAAAAAUCAUGCAGAUAUUGUUCAAAUGCUCGUAGAAAAUGGUGCUGAUAAACGUAUUCGUAAUCAAGAUAAUAAAACACCACUUGAUCUUACUCAUGAUCCAAAUAUUCGAUCAAUACUAGAAGAUAAAGUUAUUUUUUCUAAUUAUAAACCACGUAAUACUCAACAGAAUGAUGAUGGUAAUGGUGAAGAUGAUGAUUCAGAUUAA